CUCUGCUUCAUUGAGUCCAUCUGCCAAAGACCUACUUCCUCUUUUAUGACUUGGCGUCACAGCGCAAAGGGCUGAGCCUUACAGUCGCACAGAGAACUCAAUGCUGAAGAGAGGAGAGAGGCCAGGGAGGUGUGGGCCAGUGGAUUAGCUGGAAGACUGUGAAGCAGAGGCGCCCAGGGCUAUGGCUGACGCUAUCACGUAUGCAGACCUGCGCUUUGUGAAAGUGCCCCUGAAGAACAGCGCAUCUAACCAUCUAGGACAGGGUAAGUCCUGCUUGCUCCCCCCACCCCCCAUUAUAUUCCACCCCCACUCCACAGAACUCAUUCCAGACUCCGACUUUGGAGCUUUUUCCUUUCCAGACUGUGAGGCCUAUGAAGAUGGGGAACUCACCUACGAGAAUGUGCAAGUGUCUCCAGUCCCAGGAGGGCCACCAGGCUUGGCUUCCCCUGCACUAGCGGACAAAGCAGGUCCUACAGUCUGCUUGCAAUACUUCUUGCUUGGCCUUCUCGUGUCCUGUCUGAUGUUAGGGGUGGCUGUCAUCUGCCUGGGAGUUCGCUAUCUGCAGGUGUCUCGGCAGUUCCAGGAGGGGACCAGGAUUUGGGAAGCCACCAAUAGCAGCCUGCAGCAGCAGCUCAGGGAGAAGAUAAGUCAGCUGGGGCAGAAGGAGGUGGAGCUUCAGAAGGCUCGGAAAGAGCUGAUCUCGAGCCAGGACACAUUACAGGAGAAGCAGAGGACUCACGAGGACGCUGAGCAGCAACUACAAGCCUGCCAGGCUGAGAGAGCGAAGACCAAGGAGAACCUGAAAACUGAGGAGGAGCGGAGGAGGGACCUGGACCAGAGGUUGACAAGCACGCGGGAGACACUGAGGCGCUUCUUCUCUGAUUCAUCAGACACCUGCUGUCCAUGCGGAUGGAUUCCAUAUCAGGAAAGGUGCUUUUACAUCUCACAUACCCUCGGAAGUCUGGAGGAGAGCCAAAAAUACUGCACAUCUCUGUCCUCCAAACUGGCAGCAUUCGAUGAACCUUCUAAGUAUUACUAUGAAUACCUCUCUGACGCCCCCCAGGUUUCUCUGCCCAGCGGCUUAGAGGAGUUGCUAGAUCGUUCGAAGUCAUAUUGGAUACAGAUGAGCAAGAAGUGGAGGCAGGACUCUGACUCUCAAAGCCGACAUUGUGUCAGGAUAAAAACAUAUUACCAGAAGUGGGAAAGAACAAUUUCCAAGUGUGCAGAGCUUCACCCCUGCAUUUGUGAGUCGGAGGCUUUCAGGUUUCCUGAUGGGAUCAAUCUGAACUGAAACGGACACUUGAACAAGACCUUGUGACCUACAUCCUUAACCUACGGCCUGCCAAUUUUUAAGACUGCUAUUCCUCCAGCACUCCCUCACUCUCGGGCAUGCCCAGCUAAGGGAUGACCUGCUGCUUGCUUGAAAGCUGCUCCAGAAACUGGACUUCUCUUGGGAAGAGUAAAGAAGCCUCCAGAAAAGACUUGACCUUCCUUAAGAACUUCCCAAACUAGAGAUGGGUCAGGGGAGGGCGCUCCGCUGAGUGGAUGGAUGGCCCGGAGCCAGCCAGGCAGUUUUAUUGAAAUAUUUUUAAAUACUUUGCACGUGUUA